AUGGAACUAAACGCAGAGAAACAACCGGAGCUACCACAACAACAAAAUGAAACAUGUUCUUUCCCAUUUGAAUCUGACAACUUUUCGAAUUAUUUAUGUGAAAAUCCUCUUUUCAAUUUCAACGAACAAUUAGAUAACAAAGAAACAGACAAAGAGAAGUGCAUUAUCACAACUUUAACACCAACAAAUACAAUAGCAGAAGAUGAAAAUCUUCAAUCGAUACUAAAUGUUCAAGAUUUUGGUAAUAUUACAGCGAACAUGUUGAAGAUUUUUGAUUCUUUAGAACAAGAUAGAGAAAGCGGAACAGAGGAUAAUCAAUCGCAAGAUGUAUUCGAAAAUCUUAACAAUAUCUCUUAG